AAAUCCUGGGGAAGCCAUGAAACCAACAACGGAGGAUGAGAAAGGAGUGGUGGAAGAGAGAGGGCCACUUAAAUCCUUUUCUCUCAUAACCCCUAUCUCCUUCACACCCUAUUUUUUCCGAUUCAUUUGAGCUUUGGGAAACAAAAUUAGUGGAAAUGAGCAGCCAAGCGGCGCCUUCUCCAUCCCGCCGGGAUUCUCAGAAAAGAAGAAAUUCCGCCGCCACCAAGAAGUCUUACUCCUUCGACAAUUCCAAGCUCAGUUCCAUUUCUGUUGAGAGAACGGUGAAGAAGCUAAGGCUGUCCAAAGCCCUCACCAUCCCCGAAGCAGCCACCGUGUCCGAGGCUUGUAGACGGAUGGCAGCCCGCCGUGUUAAUGCCGUGUUGCUCACUGAUUCCAACGGCUUGCUCUCUGGGAUCGUCACUGAUAAGGACGUUGCCACUAAAGUAAUAGGGGAAGGGUUGAAGCCCGAGGACACAUUUGUAUCUCAGAUCAUGACGUCUAGUCCAAUUUUUGUUUCGUCUGACUCUUUGGCCAUUGAGGCACUUCAGAAGAUGGUUCAAGGAAAAUUCAGGCAUCUCCCUGUUGUGGAAAAUGGUGAAGUCAUUGCCAUGCUGGAUAUUACAAGAUGCCUUUAUGAUGCUAUCUCCAGAAUAGAGAAGGCUGUUGAGCAUGGAAAUGCAAUUGCCACUUCGGCUGAUGGCGUUGAACGCCAUAGUGGAAGCAAAGGAUCACAUGGCUUCGUGGAGACUUUGAGGGAGCGGAUGCUGAAGCCAUCCUUGUCAAAUAUUGUUGCAGAAAACUCCAAUGUUGCAAUUGUUUCUUCAUCAGACCCUAUAUCUGUUGCUGCAAAGUUGAUGCGGGAUUUGCAGGUUAAUUCAGUUGUUACGGUUACGGAGAAUAAAAUUCAGGGCAUACUAACUUCAAAGGAUAUUCUUUUGCGAGUUGUGGCACAAAAUCUAUCGCCUGACCUUACUCCUGUGGAAAAGGUGAUGUCACCGAACCCUGAAUGUGUGACAGUAGAAACAACAAUCCUUGACGCACUGCAUUUAAUGCAUGAUGGGAAGUUUUUACAUCUUCCUGUUCUAGACAAAGAUGGAAAUGUAGCUGCUUGUUUAGAUGUUCUGCAGAUCACUCAUGCUGCAAUUUCUAUGGUUGAAAGUGGCUCUGGAGCUGCUCUUAAUGAAAUGUCGAACACAAUGAUGCAAAAAUUCUGGGACUCUGCCCUUACUAUAGAGCCGUCAGGUGAUUAUGACACGCAAAGUGAAAUGUCUGCACUCAUGGCAUCUCCCCAUCCUUCCCCUGUCCCUAGGAACUCAUUUUCUUUCAAAUUUGAGGAUCGUAAGGGUUUCCUACAUCGAUUCAGCUGUGGUACUGAGAAUUUAAAUGAGCUCUUAUCAGCUGUGGUGCAAAGAAAUUCUUCCUGUGAUGAUCAUAGACGUCCUCAGCUUUUGUAUAAAGACGACGAAGGUGAUAAGAUUUUACUCACCACUGACGCUGAUCUUAUUGCUGCGGUUAAAAGUGCUAGAUUACAGGGAAAGAAGGUUUUAAGAUUGCAUCUGGAUUUCUCCGAGUGCGAUCAAGAAAUAGCAAUUGUGUGUGGCAAGAGAGGUGGAGGGGUACCUCUUCACUUUGGUUUAUUGGCUGGUGCAGUUGUCCUCACUAGCAUCGGCGUGCUUGUCUACUUAAAGCGCUCAAAUUUGCGACGAGGUUUAUUCUAAUUCACGUGUGGUAACAUCGGUUAAUUAGGGAACGAAAUGAAUUUACUUUUUGAGAAAUAUGUAGUGGCUGUAACAUCUUUGUAUAGUGUAUUCU